CGGAGUUGACACAUCUUAAUUCUAAUGACUAAGUAGUUUUUAAAAGUGCAUUAAGUUCACUCAACCCUUAUUUUAGGAAGACGACCCGUUCCCCCACACAACCUUCACACACACACACACAUACUCUUUCUCUCUCUCUCUUGUAACGCAAAAUGUCUCAAUCUACUGCCAACGAUCGUGUCGGUCAGAUUGCCGCCCACUUGGCUGCUGUCGGCCCGUCUCUCAAGGACAAAGUCUGCAUUGUCACCGGUGCAGGCUCCCUCUACGGCAUUGGUCGUGCCACCGUGUAUGCUCUUGCACGACGUGGACCCAAGGUCAUUUACGCUACUGAUCUCGGUGUUGACAGCCUCGAAGAACUUGCAAAGGACGUUGAAGCUCAGUAUCCAGGCGUGCAAGUCAUUCCGCGCGCCGUGAAUGCUGCAAAGACUGCCGAUGUUACUGGCAUCAUUGAUGAUGCUAUCAACAAGUUUGGUCGUUUGGAUGUGUUCUUUGCUAACGCCGGCAUUGCUACCGGCAACACUCUGCAAAAUGAAGACGAGGAAUCAUUCAUGACUAUGAUGCGCAUUAAUGCUUUGAGUGCUUUCCUGGCGUGCCGUUAUGCUGGUCCUGCCAUGCAAAUUACUGGCAAGGGUAGUAAGGAACGAUCUGGUGGUUCCAUCAUUUGCACUGCUUCCGUGGCUGGUAUUCGAUCUGGUGCUGGCUCACCUGAAUACUCUGCCUCCAAGGCUGCUGUCAUUAACUUGUGCCAAACAAGUUCGUUCCAAUAUGCAGGCACUGAUGUCCGUGUCAAUGCCAUGUGUCCUGGUUUGAUCGAAACCGGCAUGACCAAGGGUACUUUUGAUUAUGCUCGUCAAAAGGGCUCCGCACACAAGAUUGGACAGUUGAACCCUACCAGACGAUACGGUGUUGCUUCAGAAAUUGCCAAUGUUGUCGCCUUCCUUGCUAGCGAGGAGGCUUCUUACGUGAAUGGUCAAGCUAUUGCAGUCGAUGGCGGCUUGUCAGCGAGUCACCCAGUUGUUCCUGGUCGCUUCCACUAGAGAUGAUAAUCUGUAUACCUUUUGUUAAAUUUUUUUAAUUUGUCACAUUAAUCAAGAGAAAAAAAUGCUAGCGCAUAUGUUCGAGUGUGGAUUCAUUUUUUCAAGUUUAUGAUCAAAACAGCAUAUACCACACCCGCAAAACAAAAGUACAUGGUUACGUUGUCGUGGUAGGGUUCAUGGGUAACUCUCACUUAGCAAACGCUUCUUAAAAAAGCAGAAGUUGAAGUGAUUCAUAUGCUUUGGUCUAAGAAAAUGGUAUUGAAUGAGUUGAAG